CGUCUGAUACCCCUCUUUGGCGCCUUCCUCAGGGCCAGCCUGCCAAAUAAUUUAUUGCGAGGCACAGCGGUACACAAUUAUUUUACAUCCCGUGUUUCUCAACGGUCGAGUCUUGAGCUUGGCCUGACCUCACCGACAUCCAUACCUACAUAAACAAGGUGACUCUGCUGGCACAACAACAACAUCAACAGCUUUCAUCAUCUGUCUUCCAGGUGGUUGCCACGUCUGAAAACAGCUUGACAAGAGACCAUCCCCAACGCUAGUGUUGCACCCUGUCUGCCCCACCACUCGAGCGACCGCCCAGUGAUCCGAGUCCACUCCCGUUUCCUCUCGCACGGUAACCUCCCCCAGCGCCAGAGUGCCACCGCUCGACCCGACCCUUUGUCUUGUCCCGAGAAAAAGCAAAGCUCCUUUUUCAUCUGCGACCCCUUUUUGCGAAAACACCAUCCGGCACCUUCCUGUCGACAGUCUCUAGGAAAACCAGCAGUUGAUCUGCCAGAGUCUACCGCCAGCAAGCCAGAGCGAGCAGAGCAGCCCUGCCGAGUUGGGUGCGCCCCCUAUCUUCGAUCGCCGAACCCGAACCCUUACUGUCCAUCCAUCACGACAUCUUGACAACACACACGCGCCGCCACGAUGGAUAACCAAGGUAACCGUCUCUACCUGAACUUCGGGAACAAUAACAACAACAACAACACCGAUCGCCUCGCCGCCUCCGAUCGCACGCAGUAUCCCACCACUCCCUCCACCUUCCCCCAGCCCGUCUUCCCAACCGGCCCCUCUGGUCAGGCGCCGACCCCCCAGCAGGCCCAGCAAGGUUACCCGCAAGGCUAUGCUUCCAACAGCUACUACAAUCCUAACCAUAACGAUCCCAACGCUGGACUGGCCCAUCAAUUUGCCCACCAGAACCUAGGCGGUGCCGGCAGACCCCAGAACUACAGUGCCCGUGGUCCUUCUCCAGGACAGCGCCCCCGUACGGCUAACAGCCAGGGCCAGCAGCCUGGCUACGGCAGCUACUUGAACGCGCCUCCGAUGCCUUCGCAGAACUCUGGGCUUGAGUUUGCCCCCGCCCCCGAGCGGAACCCGGACAAAUACGGCCCCAAUGCCAACAACAACCAGAAGAAGUGCUCCCAAUUGGCCUCGGAUUUCUUCAAGGACAGUGUCAAGCGGGCUCGUGAGCGGAACCAAAGACAAAGCGAGAUGGAACAGAAGCUGAACGAGACCACGGAUCCCCGCCGCCGGGAAUCCAUAUGGGCGACUGGAGGCAGAAAGGAGGGCCAGUACCUCCGCUUCCUCCGAACCAAGGACAAGCCCGAGAACUAUAACACCAUCAAGAUUAUCGGCAAGGGUGCUUUCGGUGAGGUGAAGCUGGUUCAGAAGAAGUCGGACGGCAAGGUUUAUGCCAUGAAGAGCUUGAUCAAGACGGAAAUGUUCAAGAAGGACCAGCUUGCGCACGUUCGCGCCGAGCGUGAUAUUCUUGCCGAAUCAGACAGUCCCUGGGUCGUCAAGCUCUACACGACCUUUCAAGAUGCCAACUUCCUCUACAUGCUCAUGGAGUUCUUGCCCGGUGGCGAUCUCAUGACCAUGUUGAUCAAGUACGAAAUCUUUUCCGAGGAUAUCACACGGUUCUACAUUGCCGAGAUUGUGUUGGCUAUUGAGGCUGUCCAUAAGUUGGGCUUCAUUCACAGAGAUAUCAAGCCAGACAACAUUCUCCUCGACAGGGGCGGUCACGUCAAGCUGACGGAUUUCGGUCUAUCGACUGGUUUCCACAAGCUCCACGACAACAACUACUAUGCGCAGCUUCUGACGGGCAAGUCCAACAAGCCUCGCGACAACAGAAACUCGAUUGCCAUUGACCAGAUUAACUUGACGGUCAGCAACCGCUCCCAGAUCAAUGACUGGAGGCGGUCGAGGAGACUGAUGGCGUACUCCACUGUUGGUACUCCCGAUUACAUUGCCCCUGAAAUCUUCACGGGUAAUGGUUACUCUUUCGACUGCGAUUGGUGGUCCCUAGGUACCAUCAUGUUCGAGUGCUUGAUUGGGUGGCCCCCUUUCUGUGCCGAGGAUAGUCAUGACACAUACCGCAAGAUUGUCAACUGGAGACAGUCGCUGUACUUCCCCGACGACAUUCAGCUCAAGCCUGAUGCUGAGAACCUGAUCAGAAGCUUGAUCUGCAACACCGAGAACCGUCUGGGCCGGGGUGGGUCUGAUGAGAUCAAGCGUCACCCCUUCUUCUAUGGUGUUGAGUUUGAGAGCUUGCGCAGGAUUAGGGCGCCUUUCGAGCCCCGCCUCACCUCCAACAUUGAUACCACCUAUUUCCCCACGGACGAGAUCGACCAGACCGACAACGCCACGUUGAUCAAGGCUGCCCAGGCCGCUAGAGGCGCCGCGGCCAGCCAACAGCAGGAGGAAAGCCCAGAGAUGAGCUUACCAUUCAUUGGAUACACGUUCAAGCGGUUCGAUAACAACUUCCGGUGAUUGGGGAAUUCUGGUGUCUAGUUGGGAAAGUGUAUUCUGAGGUAGGGCAUAAUUCUUGCUCGCAGAGAAGAAGAGCUUUAGUUGGUGAUGCAAAUCUACAAUCAGUUAACUCGAUGGGGGAAAAAAAAGAGGAGGUUGGGUUUGCCUUGCUUUUGUGAUCAUCGAAAAAAGAGGAAAGAGACUUGUUGGCUCUGAUGUACGCUUUGAACUGCAUGUCUGUUUAUUGUUGUGUACAUAGUUGCAUAUCUACGCAAGCUGGGGGGUUUGAGAGGGGGGAUGUAGGCAUGUUACAGACAGCUGUCAUGGGAUCAUCUCGAAGAGAUGGAUGUCUGUAGCUGAGCAAUCCCAUUGCCUGUGCAGGCAAGCCCUUGGCAGUGAUGAAUGUACAAAGUCGAAUUGUCCAUGAAUUGCAGUCUCAUUAUGAAGGGUAUCUAUCAUUAAC